AUGGAGGAGACGUCCCUGCUGGGCGCCAUGCCGGGCCCCGACGAUGAGAUGGUGACGGAGCUCUUCAGCGCCGAGCGGCCGUUCGCGCCCGACGGCCUGGCGCUGAGCCCGGCCGUGGUGGUGAAGUCGGAGCAGGACGAGCUGCCCGUGCUGGCCGACGCCUACCUGGGCGCCGCCGACCCCGGGGAUCCGCUGCUGCGCGCGCUCAGCCCCCCCCCGGGCGCCGACGGCUCGGCGGACCUACCGGCCGCGCUCCUCGGGGACCUGGCGGGGCUCCCCGAGCUCCGCGCCCCGGACGAGGCGGCGCCGCCGCCCGCCUACAGCGUGCACGUGCUGUCGUCGCUGCUGCCCGCGGCGCGCGGCCCCGCGCUGCUGCCGUUGGCCGCCGGCGUGCGCGUGAUCCCGGUUGAAAUAAAGGAAGCUGGUGGCACUGUUGCAAGUAACAACCCAGAGGAGGCAGCUUUUCAGAACCCUCUGGCUCAGGAAUCCUGCUGCAAGUUCCCUUCAUCCCAGGAAGCAGAGGACACCUCCAGCUGCUCUCGCAAGAAGGAUUCCAGCCCGAUGGUGAUUUGUCAGCUGAAAGGGGGCACCCAAAUGCUGUGUAUUGACAACUCUGGCGCCAGAGAGCUAAAAGCACUUCAUCUGGUUCCUCAGUAUCAAGAUCAAAAUAAUUAUCUACAGUCAGAUGUCCCUAAGCCAAUGACUGCUUUGGUAGGAAGAUUUUUGCCACUACCAGCAAAAUUAAAUCUCAUUACACAACAACUUGAUAACGGAGCCCUUCCAUCAGCAGUCAAUGGGCCUGCUUUCCCCUCAGGACCAACCCUGCCAGGACCACCCAAAAUAACUUUGGCUGGGUACUGCGACUGCUUUGCCAGUGGAGACUUUUGCAACAACUGCAAUUGUAAUAAUUGUUGCAACAAUUUGCGCCAUGAAAUCGAACGGUUUAAAGCCAUUAAGGCGUGCCUUGAUAGAAAUCCAGAAGCUUUCCAACCCAAAAUUGGGAAAGGCAAGUUGGGUGAUGUCAAGCCACGGCACAACAAGGGCUGCAACUGCAAGCGGUCGGGCUGCCUGAAGAACUACUGCGAGUGCUAUGAGGCCAAAAUUAUGUGCUCCUCUAUCUGCAAAUGCAUUGGCUGCAAAAACUAUGAAGAAAGUCCAGAACGAAAAUCACUGCUGAACCUGCCAAACUGCACAGAGACUGGAGAUCUUGAGGGGCACCAUCCUUUGUUACCUGGCAAAUUUUCAGGACUACCAAAAUUCAGAAAAGAUAGGCGGCCCUCCUCCUGCAUCUCCUGGGAGGUGGUGGAGGCCACGUGCGCCUGCCUGCUGGCUCAAGGCGAGGAGGCGGAGAAGGAGCACUGCUCCGAGUGCCUGGCCGAGCAGAAGAUCCUGGAGGAGUUCGGAAGGUGCUUGUCCCAGAUUCUCCACAUCGAGUUCAAAUCCAAGGGCUUGAAAAUGGAGUAG